GUGUAUAUUCCAGAAUCACCCCCCAUACAUAUUAUCUUUUAUCUCUCAAACAAAAAUCUUUUUUUCCCGGAUAUCCUUAUAAAUCCGCAACUUUUUCCUUUUUCAGGCAUGUUCCGUUACCACUUUUCCUUUCUCCAGAUAUUGAGAGCGAGAUCACAGGGAUUCACUCGUCUUCUUAUUUCCUUCGGCUCAGAUUCUCGCUUUUCAGUUUGAAAAGUGAUACCUACAUUUGGAGAGAGAAGAAACAGAGAUGGUGGAGGGGAGGGGAAGUAAUGGUGUCGGGAAGAAGAUCAAAGUCGGUGUGUGUGUUAUGGAAAAGAAGGUGAAAUGCGGCCCCGAGGUUUUCUCGGCUCCGAUGGGACAAAUCUUAGAGAGGCUGCAAGCAUUCGGUGAAUUUGAGAUCAUCCAUUUUGGGGACAGAGUUAUCCUGGAUGAACCGAUAGAGAGGUGGCCAAUAUGUGAUUGUUUGAUUGCUUUCCAUUCCUCUGGAUAUCCUCUUAAAAAAGCUGAAGCUUAUGCUGCACUAAGGAAACCUUUCCUUGUAAACGAAUUGGGACCACAACACCUUCUUCAUGACCGGAGGAAAGUAUAUGAGUGCCUGGAAAUGUAUGGAAUUCCAGUUCCAAGAUAUGCAUUAGUAAAUAGGGACAAACCAUAUCAAGAUUUGGAGUAUUUUGUUGAGGAAGAAGAUUUUGUUGAGGUUCAUGGGCAGCGAUUUUGGAAGCCUUUUGUAGAGAAGCCUGUUCAUGGUGAUGAUCACAGCAUAAUGAUAUAUUACCCAAGUGCAGCAGGGGGUGGUAUGAAAGAAUUGUUUAGAAAGGUUGGCAACAGAUCAAGUGAGUUUCAUCCAGAGGUCAGAAGAGUGAGACGUGAGGGCUCUUAUAUAUAUGAGGAAUUUAUGCCAACUGGUGGAACAGAUGUUAAGGUGUAUACAGUUGGUCCAGAAUAUGCACAUGCUGAGGCAAGGAAGUCUCCUGUUGUUGAUGGUGUAGUUAUGAGAAAUCCAGAUGGCAAAGAAGUCAGGUAUCCGGUGCUUCUUACUCCAAAUGAGAAACAAAUGGCAAGAGAAGUUUGCAUUGCAUUUAGGCAAGGGGUGUGUGGGUUUGAUCUGUUGCGGUGUGAAGGCCGUUCGUAUGUUUGUGAUGUGAAUGGGUGGAGCUUUGUCAAAAACUCCUACAAAUAUUAUGAUGAUGCUGCUUGUGUGUUGAGGAAGAUGUUUCUAGAUGCAAAAGCUCCCCAUCUUUCAACAACAAUCCCACCAGUUUUACCUUGGAAAGUCAGUGAGCCAGCUCAGCCUUCUGAGGGGCUAACACGUCAGGGAAGUGGGAUCAUUGGCUCUUUUGGACAAUCCGAGGAGUUACACUGUGUGAUUGCUAUUAUUCGUCAUGGUGAUAGAACUCCAAAACAAAAGGUAAAGUUGAAAGUCACUGAGGAAAAAUUGUUGAACUUAAUGCUAAAAUACAAUGGGGGAAGACCCAGAGCUGAGACAAAACUCAAAAGUGCAGUUCAGUUGCAGGACUUGUUGGAUGCUACACGGAUAUUAGUACCUCGUACUAGACCUGGUCCUGGAAGUGACAGCGAGGCAGAAGACAUUGAACAUGCAGAAAAGCUUCGUCAAGUCAAAGCAGUCCUUGAAGAGGGUGGACAUUUCUCAGGCAUUUAUCGAAAGGUUCAACUUAAGCCACUUAAGUGGGUUAAAGUUGCAAAAGGUGAUACUGAAGAAGAACGCCCCAUUGAAGCACUCAUGGUUUUAAAAUAUGGUGGUGUUCUUACACAUGCUGGUCGAAAACAGGCUGAAGAACUUGGGCGAUACUUUCGCAACAAUAUGUAUCCAGGUGAAGGUACUGGACUCCUUCGCCUUCACAGCACAUAUCGCCAUGACCUUAAAAUUUACAGCUCUGAUGAGGGCCGUGUGCAGAUGUCAGCUGCUGCAUUUGCCAAGGGGCUCCUAGACUUGGAAGGACAAUUAACACCAAUACUGGUUUCACUUGUUAGCAAGGAUUCAUCAAUGUUGGAUGGACUUGAUAAUGCAAGUAUUGAAAUGGAAGAAGCUAAGGCGAGAUUGAACGAAUUGAUAACAACUGGAGUGAAGGCAGCACAGGCAAAUGGAUUAUCUAAUAAAAAACCCUGGAUGGUUGAUGGGGCUGGACUUCCACUCAAUGCUGCAGACCUUCUACCUACACUGGUAAAGCUGACUAAAAAAGUUACUGAACAAGUGAGACUACUAGCAAAAGAUGAAGAUGAAAAGCUUGCUGAAACAACCUCAUAUGAUGUAAUUCCACCAUAUGAUCAAGCAAGAGCACUUGGUAAAACAAAUAUAGAUGUUGACCGAAUUGCUGCUGGAUUACCUUGUGGAAGUGAAGGCUUUCUUUUAAUGUAUGCACGAUGGAGAAAAGUUGAAAGGGACUUGUACAAUGAACGCAAAGAUAGGUACGACAUAACACAAAUUCCAGAUGUUUACGACUCAUGCAAGUAUGAUCUGCUGCACAAUGCACAUCUUAAUAUAGAUGGACUUGAUGAGCUUUUCAAGGUUGCUCAGUUACUUGCUGAUGGUGUUAUUCCAAAUGAGUAUGGCAUCAACCCAAAGCAAAAACUGAAAAUAGGCUCCAAGAUUGCUCGACGUCUAUUGGGUAAAAUUUUAAUCGACUUGAGGAAUACACGUGAAGAAGCCACUAAUGUAGCAGAAUUGAAGAGUCAGUGUCAAACGUCAACCACCUCCAAUUCCAUGAAGAAUGUGAGAGAACAGAUAGAUCAUCAACCUAAAUCCAUCAUUAAAAGUGAAGAAUCAAGAAGAACAAGCUUCACAAGUGAAAAGUCGAUGGAUCAAGAUGAGGAUGAUGACAAAGAAAUAAAAUACCGUUUGGAUCCAAAAUAUGCCAAUGUGCGGACACCCGAGAGACAUGUUCGGACCCGUCUUUACUUCACAUCAGAAUCUCAUAUUCACUCAUUGAUGAAUGUUCUUCGUUAUUGUAACUUGGAUGAAUCCCUUCAAGGGGAGGCGGGCCUCAUUUGUGACAAUGCUUUGGAACGGCUUUUGAAAACAAAGGAGCUCGAUUACAUGAGCUACAUUGUAUUGAGGAUGUUUGAAAAUACCGAGGUAAAUUUGGAAGACCCAAAAAGGUAUCGUUUGGAGAUGACUUUUAGCCGUGGUGCAGAUUUAUCCCCUUUGGAGAAAAAAGGUGUGGAGGCGACUUCACUGCAUCAGGAACACACAUUACCAAUAAUGGGUCCAGAGAGGUUGCAAGAAGUGGGGUCGUAUCUUACAUUGGAUAAGAUGGAAGAGAUGGUUAGGCCAUUUGCAAUGCCUGCAGAAGACUUCCCCCCACCAACAACUCCUCAGGGGUUCUCAGGUUACUUCAAAAGUGCAGGGGUGUUGGAGCGCUUGGUAAACCUUUGGCCCUUCCAUAAACAUGCAAAUGGUAAUAAUGUCAAAUGAAUCACCUUUCCCUUCUAAAAACUUCUGAAAAAACAAAAGACAAUUUUUAGACAUUAUAUGUUUUAGUUUUAUGUACUUGGUGUUACAUGCAAAUGUGAGUCCAUAGUUGUUUUGUAUAGUCUUGUUAACAACACUCAAAUGAUUUGGUAGCCCUCUUGCUGCACAUUGUUCCAAGAAGUGGAUCAAAUGUUGUGAUUUUAGUGCAACUUGGUUGUUUUAGAAUUUA